AUGUAUUGGAACUUGGCACUACUAAUCGUCGUAUUGGUCCUGUUACAACAAGAGCCAGUCAGAGGUUUUCAACACAGUGCUACUGUCAAGAGUCAUCGACACCGACAACAACUUUCUCGACAAUAUGCAGUUCCUGAAAAAAGCAUUGACGGUGCCAAAUACGAAGUCUUGCUUGACUGGGUAAAGUCCAAUGGAGGUGAAAUCAAUAACAAGAUUACCAUUCAAAAGUCAUCCCAAGGUUCUGGGUACGGCGCCUUUACCAAUGGCGAAGUGAAGGAAGGCGAAAUCAUUUUUGAAAUUCCCCGCAAGGCCUGUUUCACCUUGGAGGCCGCUCUCAACGACGACAAGUUUGGCAAGGCUUUCAAGAAUUUGAUAGAAAAGGCUGGACCAGGUGGUAAUACUGUGGUCAUGGCCGGAUACAUGGCCAAGGAACGUUUACUGGGCAAGAAAGAUGCGACUGGCACUAGUGCCUGGAGUGCAUAUUUCGAUACUCUUCCAUGGGAACGGGGUAUUAACAAUCAAGAGCACGUCUUGUUUUGGCAAGAAGAAAAGAUUGAAGAGCUCCUGACAGGUAGUACGUGCUAUGUCGAGGCGAAGAGUUUGCGAGACGAAGUGGGAUUAGCUACCAGUAUCAUGAACAAGGUCUUGGGUCCCAGCAUUCGGGUGGCUCGAGGAGAAGACGUGGACGAAGGUGGUUUCAACAUCAACCGAAUGCUUCCAUGGAUGGCUAAACCACCCACUCCGGAAGAACCACCAGAGGGUUUUCCCGAAGCAAUGAAAGGAGCCUUUGUUUGUUUGCUAACGCGAGCCUUUCAGGAUGAGAAGGAGGAUGGAAACGACGACGAAGAAAAGCUAGUCCCACUCUUGGACAUGUUGCAACACUCUGACACUCCCAAUGUUCGGCACGCCAUGCGCAAGGCUGAUGGGACUGUUGAAGUUCGAGCGAGAUGUGACAUUCCAACUGGUACGGAACUCUUCAAUCAAUACCGAUCGGAAGAAGAGGAAACCAUGCCAUAUUCGAGAUUUUUCACCCGUUUUGGCUUUGUGCCAGGCAUCUCUGAAGAUAUGGAGAAUCUGUUGCGGGAUAAGAGUUCUAUUUUCUACCCUCAAAAAGCCGAAAUAUAG